GCUAGCAAAUUUCACACCUCUCUGUUGUCUCAAUGUGCAAGUAAGAGAUGUCUCUCACCUCUAUGACUCUAUCGAAAGUAAGGAAUUUUCCAUAGAAGCACGUAAGGAAUUUUCUACUUUCCGUGCAUGUAAGAAUUACAAGCAUAUUGAGCUUGUUUGCGUGUCAAUCGUUUGCUUGCUAGUUUCUUUUUCCCUCUCGAAGAUUCAUCAAAAAGAGUAGAAUAACGGGUGUCUAUAUCUUGUGUUUUGGUUGUUUAUAAUAGUUAUGACAUUAAUGUGGAUAUAUACUUAGGGGGAGUUGAUAUGUUCUCAUUUUCUUUCUGGGAAAAUUAAAGGAGCACAAAAGAUUAGGCCACAAAAUGACUAAGAGAGAGGGCUUGCGUUUUAGCGAGUUAUUACCGUUCUCGUGCUUUGAAUCUCAGUCUAGUGAGAAUCAUGCUCUAAUUGGGCAAAGAGGAUACUAUAGAGUGGUUUAUUGCAAUGACCCUGAUACUCCGGAGGCUAUUGAGCUUAAUUAUAGGGGAAAUUAUGUAUCAACUACCAAGUAUACUGCGCUUAAUUUUAUUCCGAAGUCUUUGUUUGAGCAGUUUAGGAGGGUUGCAAAUUUUUACUUUCUUGUUGUAGCUUGUGUUUCAUUUAGUCCUUUAGCCCCCUAUACGGCACCUAGUGUUGCUGUACCUCUGCUUGUGGUGAUUGGAGUCACCAUGGCCAAAGAAGGUAUCGAAGAUUGGAGGCGAAGAAAGCAGGAUAUAGAGGCUAACAAUAGAAGGGUCAAAGUGUAUCAUAAAAACUUUACCUUCCUUGAGACUAGAUGGAAGAAACUCCGAGUUGGAGACAUUGUUAAGGUGUCCAAGGAUGAGUAUUUGCCUGCUGAUCUGCUUCUGCUUUCAUCAAGCUAUGAGGAUGGAAUUUGUUAUGUUGAGACCAUGAAUCUUGAUGGAGAGACUGAUUUAAAAUUGAAGCAUGCCUUAGAGGUGACAUCCUCCCUACGUGAAGAAGAAUCCUUGAAGGAAUUUAUGGCCAUGAUUAAGUGUGAGGACCCGAAUGAGAAGCUUUAUUCCUUUGUUGGAACAUUGUACUAUAAUGGAUAUGAUUACCCACUUUCAUCUCGGCAGAUUCUUUUAAGAGAUUCCAAACUUAGGAACACUGAAUUCAUCUAUGGUGUGGUUAUUUUCACGGGACAUGACACAAAAGUGAUGCAGAAUGCAGUAAAUCCCCCCCCUUCUAAGAGGAGUAAAAUUGAGAGGAGAAUGGACAAGAUAGUUUAUCUCCUUUUCAGCAUGUUGGUUUUGAUAUCAUUUAUUGGAUCCAUAUUUUUUGGAAUUGAAACUAUGAAGGAUUUUAGAGGUGGGAGAUUUAGAAGGUGGUAUCUUCGACCGGAUGACACAACUGUGUUUUUUGACCCCCAAAGAGCACCAAUAUCUGCAUUUUUUCAUUUCUUGACAGGACUUAUGCUGUAUGGAUAUCUGAUACCAAUAUCAUUGUAUGUGUCAAUUGAAAUUGUAAAGGUUUUGCAAAGCAUUUUCAUUAACCAAGAUCAGGAUAUGUACUAUAAGGAAACCAACAAGCCAGCACAAGCACGCACAUCUAAUUUGAAUGAGGAGCUAGGGCAGGUUGAAUACAUAAUGUCUGACAAAACUGGUACAUUGACAUGCAACUCAAUGGAAUUUGUCAAAUGUUCUGUAGCAGGAGUUGCUUAUGGCUGUGGUAUGACAGAAGUAGAAAGGGCCCUGGCGAGGAUAGCAGGUGAUGAGCCACUGGAAGCUGAUGAUACUAGAAACUCAGGAAAUUCAAUCAAGGGAUUCAACUUCAGAGAUGAACGUAUAAUGAAUGGACAGUGGGUUAAUGAACCUCGUUCAGAUGUUAUACAGAAGUUCUUUCUAAUUUUAGCAGUCUGCAACACAGCAUUUCCUGAGAGAAAAAAUGAAAGAGGUGAAAUUUCUUAUGCAGCUGAGUCCCCAGAUGAAGCAGCCUUUGUAAUAGCUGCAAGGGAGAUUGGCUUUGAGUUGUUUGAAAGGACGCAAUCAAGCAUAUCAUUGCAUGAGUUGGACCCUGUGAUUGGUAAAAAAGUUACUAGAGUCUACCAGAUACUUCAAAUCCUAGAGUUCAGUAGUAAUCGCAAAAGGAUGUCUGUAAUUGUAAGAACUAUGGAGAACCAGAUAUUGCUUCUUUGCAAGGGUGCAGACAGUGUGAUUCUUAAAAGUCUCUCACAUGAGGGACGACUAUUUGAGGCUAAGACCAAGGAACACGUACAAAAGUAUGCUAAGGGAGGUUUACGGACCAUUUUAUUUGCAUAUCGUGAGCUUGGUGAAGGUGAGUACAGAAAAUGGAAAGCUGAAUUUUCAAAUGCCAAAGAAACUGUAACUGCAAACCGAGAUGAGUUGAUGGAUGAAAUUGCUGAUAAGAUUGAAAGGGAUUUAAUUCUUCUUGGCGCUACAGCUAUUGAGGACAGACUACAAAAGGGGGUUCCAGAGUGUAUUGAUAAGCUCGCAAAGGCAACAAUUAAAAUAUGGGUUUUGACUGGAGAUAAGAUGGAAACUGCUGUAAAUAUUGGUUAUGCUUGUAGUCUACUAAGACAAGGGAUGGAACUGAUUAUCAUCACACUAGACUUGCCAGAAAUUAAAGCCCUGGAAAGGCGAGGGGACAUGGAGGCUAUUUCUAAGGCUUCUUUUCAAAGUGUUAAAAAGCAGUUAGAAGAUGGACAACGUCAAGUUGAUUCUGCUAAAAAAUGCUCAAAUGAGUGUGGUUUGGUGGUUGAGGGGGAGUCCUUGGCUUUUGCGCUGGACAACAAGCUGGAGAAGGAUUUUUUGAAUCUUGCACUUGCUUGUGCUUCUGUUAUAUGUUGUCGGUCCACUCCCAAACAAAAAGCUCUUGUCACGAGACUGGUGAAAAUGGAUUCUAGUAAAACAACAUUGGCAAUUGGUGAUGGGGGGAAUGAUGUCAGCAUGCUUCAGGAGGCUGAUAUUGGAGUUGGCAUUAGCGGUGUUGAAGGAAUGCAGGCUGUGAUGUCAAGUGACUUUGCAAUUGCUCAAUUUCGUUUUCUGGAACGGUUAUUGCUGGUACAUGGCCACUGGUGCUACAGGCGAAUAGCAAUGAUGGUAUGCUACUUUUUCUACAAGAACAUCACAUUUGGGUUUACUUUGUUUUGGUUUGAGGCCUAUGCUUCUUUCUCUGGCCAGCCUGCGUAUAAUGAUUGGUACAUGUCAUUCUACAAUGUCUUCUUCACUUCGCUUCCUGUAAUUGCUCUUGGUGUUUUUGAUCAGGAUGUUUCUGCACGGCUUUGUCUCAAGUAUCCUUUGUUAUAUAGAGAAGGAAUCCAAAACAUACUCUUCAGCUGGCCCUGCAUCCUUCUUUGGAUGUGUAAUGGAGUUCUUAGUUCCAUAAUUAUCUUCUUCUUCACCAUCAAUUCCAUGAUCAAUCAAGCCUUCCGGAAAGAUGGUCAAGUUGUUGACUAUGAGAUCCUUGGGGCGACAAUGUAUACUUGUGUAGUUUGGGCCGUAAAUUGCCAAAUAGCACUCUCUAUCCAUUACUUCACCUGGAUUCAGCACUUCUUCAUCUGGGGAAGCAUAGCUUUCUGGUAUAUAUUUAUGGUGAUAUAUGGUUUUCUUCCCCCCGGAGUAUCUACAACAGCACAUAUGGUUUUUGUGGAAGCCUGUGCACCCAGUAUUCUAUAUUGGCUUGUCACUCUACUUGUUGUUAUUUCGACGCUGCUACCAUACUUCUCAUACAGGGCAUUUCAAUCUCGAUUUCUACCCAUGUACCAUGAGGAGAUACAAUUAUUUCGGUCAGAAGGCCACGAGGCUAGGGGGAAAAUCAAAACGGAUCACGCGGAGGAAGAUCCGAGGCAGAGAAACAUCUGACGAAAAUGUGUAUUUGCAGCUGUCAACCUGGGUCAACUCACUCAGGUGGCCUGAUGCUUUUUUUUUUUUUCCCUGUUAUAAAUAUACAGUGGCAGGUAAGAUUGUAGGUGGGAGAGUAUUCAUAUGAAGAUGUGGAUGCUUUUUAUCAGCCUCCUGUAGAUUAUACAAGGGCAAACAUCAACUUCUUCACCCAUGCUUUGAACUAUCCCGUUCCUUUGUUCAUGGUUAUAAACAUUUCUGUAUAGUUUUUUAUUGGGUUGGUUUUACGUUCUUCA